ACUAACCAACUACAAAGAGAUGGCAAAAAAUAUUCAAAUGACGUGUAAUUUCAGUAACAUCCAUUCCCUAUAUUAAUGUGAGCUCACAAAACAAUGGAUCUCAUCUCUAACGAAUCCCUAAUCCUUAUCCAAAUUUUAAUCCUAUAAAUAUCAUAGAGAAGAUAGUUUCAUUAGAAUAACAUACACAAUACAAUAUCAAAUUUUCUUCCACAUUUUUAUUAUACGAACAUUUCUUCAUAACUUGGUUUUCCUCCAUAAUCAAAUUCAAUCACGUACAAUGUCUUCUGACCUAUCUGGCAUUCUCCCUCGUGUUCUAAUAGUUUCUAGACGAACCCUUCGCAAGAACAAGUUCGUUGAUUUUGUUGGUGAAUAUCACCUUGAUCUUAUAGUCGGUUAUGGCGCGGUACCCGUCAUAGUUCCACGUGUUUCCGGGGUCCACAUGUUGUUAGAUAGCUUUGAACCAAUCCAUGGUGUGCUUCUAUGUGAAGGAGAAGACAUUGAUCCAUCAUGGUACGAGGAAGACACAUCAUGUCUUUCUCAAGAGGAAUUAGAAGAAAUAAGAAGACUACAUGUGAGUGACACAUCAAUUGACAAAGAAAAAGAUUCAAUUGAAUUAGCACUAGCCAAACUUUGUCUUGAAAGAAAUAUUCCUUACUUGGGAAUUUGUAGAGGGUCACAACUCCUAAAUGUGGCAUGUGGAGGUACUUUAUAUCAAGAUAUAGGAAAAGAGCUUUCAAACAAGGGUUUAGAAGAGAGUGAAAUGGUGAUGCAUAUUAACUAUGAUGAUUAUGAUGGUCAUAGACAUGAGGUAAAAGUUGUUGAAAAUACACCUUUGCAUCAUUGGUUUAAGGAUUCUUUGGAAGAUGAUAAAAUGGACAUUUUGGUUAAUAGCUAUCAUCAUCAAGGUGUUAAGAGACUUGCACAGCGUUUUGUUCCAAUGGCUUUUGCUCCUGAUGGUUUGAUUGAAGGGUUUUAUGACCCUGAUGCUUAUAAUCCAGAAGAGGGUAAGUUUAUUAUGGGAUUGCAGUUUCAUCCCGAGCGGAUGAGGAAAGCUGAUUCAGAUGAAUUUGAUUAUCCGGGAUGCCCCUUUGCUUAUCAGGAAUUUGUAAAGGCAGUUGUUGCUUAUCAGAAGAGGCUGAAUACCUCUGUGCAAAAGCCUCUAAAACUUAAUAAGGAAAUGGAAAACAAAAGGAAAAGUAUAGUGCGUAGUUUCUCACUUGCAAAAGACCUCUACAAUCAUGGCCUUGGUAUGAGCUCCACCAAAGAAUCUGAGCUUCAAGAAGGGGCAGAGUUUCUAGAGUCAAAUACAGCCUUGAGUGUGCAACAAGAGAAAAGGUUAAAGCAAAUGGGUGCAACAGUUAGGAAUGCUGGAUCAUACAUAGAGAGACUGAGGCAGAAUGAGGAAAGAGAAAAAAUGGCAAGAAGCGUGAUGGGAAAAAUGUCAAUGGAACAAUUAUCAGAACUCUUGUCUUUCUAUCACACUAUGGGACAGAUUUGUUCUGAAGUUUUGGAGAAAAAGAUACAUGACAUUGUCAAUGACGUUAGUUUAUUUUCCCCCAAAAAAACCGUCACUGAUAUCGAAAAUCGUCGAAGUCAUCUUAGGCUAGUUGAAGACAUUCUAGAAAACACUACAACAAAUCCUCUUGGUAGCAAUUUGAAAACUGUUACUGAAACCAUUCUUGAAUCCUCUGUUCUAGAAAUGGAACAAGGAUUGGGAAUUGAUGUGUGUUUUUUGUCUCAUGCUUUGAGUUUAUGUGGGUCGAAGCGUGAUUUUUAUGGCGGUAUUCAGUAUCAUUGUUUGGCAAUAAGAAUUGGGUUUAUUGCUAAUGUUUAUGUUGGAAGCUCUUUGAUAAGUUUGUAUAGUAGAUGUGGUUUGUUGGGUGAUGCUUACCGUGUGUUUGAUGAAAUGUCUGUGAGAAAUGUGGUUUCAUGGACUGCGAUUAUUGCUGGGUUUGCGCAGGAAUGGCGUGUUGAUAUGUGUUUGGAGCUUUUUCGUCGGAUGAGGGGUUUGGAAUUGAAGCCAAAUUAUUUUACUUAUACGAGUCUGCUUAGUGCUUGUAUGGGUAGUGGAGCACUUGGACAUGGGAGAGGUGUUCAUUGUCAGAUAAUUCAAAUGGGUUUUCAUUGUUAUCUUCAUGUUGAAAAUGCUCUUAUUGCUAUGUAUUCCAAAUGUGGGGUAAUUGUUGAUGCUUUGUACAUAUUUGAAAACAUGGUGAGUAAGGAUGUUGUGACGUGGAAUUCUAUGAUUGUUGGGUAUGCGCAUCAUGGGCUUGCAGAAGAGGCAUUUAGUCUCUUUGAUGAGAUGAUAAAACAAGGUGUUAAUCCAGAUGCUGUGACUUUCCUUGGCAUCUUAUCCUCGUGUCGGCAUGGAGGUCUUGUUAAAGAAGGUCAAGUUUACUUUAGUUCCAUGGUUGAUCAUGGUUUGCAGCCAGAAUUAGAUCAUUAUUCUUGUAUUGUAGAUCUUCUUGGUCGGGCCGGUUUGCUUCUUGAGGCUCUUGAUUUCAUCCAAAAUAUGCCUGUUUGUCCUAACGCUGUGAUAUGGGGUUCCCUACUUUCUUCCUCUAGACUUCAUGGAAAUGUUUGGAUUGGCAUCCGAGCAGCCGAGAGCAGGUUAUCGUUGGAACCAGGUUGCUCAUCGACACUUCUACAGCUGGCAAAUCUGUAUGCUAGUGUUGGUUGGUGGAAUCAAGUUGCAAGAGUGCGACAAUUGAUGAAAGACAAAGGUCUAAAACCAAAUCCUGGUUGCAGUUGGAUUGAAGUUAAAAACAAAGUCCAUAGAUUUGAAUCACAAGACAAGUCAAACAGCAGAAUGAAUGGCAUUCUUUUGAUAAUGGAUAGUCUGGGGCAGAAACAGAGAAAAAAUGCUUUCUGGUCAGUGAAACAUCUUUCGUGGAUGACAGGAAAUUCUAGAAGCAAUGCAAGCAAUAUGUACUUUGCAAAAUUUCUUGAAAAUCCUUCAUUUGAGUCUUAUACUUGCAUAUACAACGUUGUUGUUGCAGGAAUUUUAGUUCUAUGCUCUCUCAGAAUGCCUUCCUUGUUUAUUAUCCUCCAUUUUCUUCAGUUCAUAAUCCUUUUGAAACUGAUUCAGAUACCUUUAUGUUUGAGCACAAAUGAAGGUUGUGAGAAUCUGUUUAAUUGUGGAAAUAUAAAACAAAUUGGUUUUCCUUUCUGGGGAGAGGAUCGACCAAAAGAGUGUGGCCACCCUUUGUUGAAUCUCAAUUGCACAAACAAUACCAGCUACAUAACAAUCAAUGAAGUCAAGUAUAAUGUUUUAGAAGCCAAACCUGAUGAACAUACUUUGAGAAUCACCAAAGAGGACUAUUUGCAAGGACUAUGUCCAACAAAACUUGUCAACACAACAUUAGACCCCGACCUCUUUGUUUAUGGUCCUGACUACAAUAAUCUUACACUCUUCUAUGGUUGUCCACCUUCAAUUACUUUCCCUUUGAACGGGCGCUUUCUAUGUCCUUCAAAUGGAUAUUCUGAUGAAUUUGUUUAUACUUGGUUUGGGUAUAAUCUUGAUCCUCAAGCUUUUUCAUGCCGAGAAAGUAUGGUUGUUCCAGUCUUGAAUUCGUUGAUUGCUGUUGGUGAUUUGACUAGAAUACGAAGUGCAAUCGGAGGUGAAUUUGUGGUGAGAUGGAUAGCUGGUAUUCAAGAUUGUGAGAAGUGUCAAAAAUCAGGUGGAUUUUGUGGUUAUAACUGGACUUCAAGGCAAACAACCUGUUACUGUGGAGACCAACCUUGUUCUAAUGAACCUCCACAAUCUCAAGAAUCUCCAUCUUCAGACUGCAACGAAGCUUUUGAAUGCGGAAGUAGCAGCAUCACAAACCUCAAGUAUCCAUUCUGGGGAAAUAACAGAGAAGAGCGUUGUGGUAGUGUUUCUGAUCCUAAUAUGGAGCUUACAUGCGAAGAAAGUGUUCCAAAGAUAACCAUCAAUGACGUCAAAUACCGUAUUCUUGAAUGGGACAAUACAACACAGAAACUCACAGUCGCUAGAGACGAUUACUGGGGUGGUAUUUGUACUGUGAGUGUGAGUGUGAGUGACAAGCCUAAUAACAGCACAUUUGAGAGCGCUGACCAGUUUCAACCUUAUGGUAGUGUUUCUUCUCAACUAAAUCUGUUAUACAAUUGUGAUACAACUGUAUUGAAUGUGGUUUAUAGUGCCAACUGCGGAGGUAAUAUUGAAGUUGUGUACACCCUUUCGGAUCCUCGUUCGCUCUCACUCACAUGCAAUCUGAGUGUUAUUAUUGCGAUUCCAAUUUCGGUAACAAGAAUUACAAAUCUUGAUGAUAUAAACGAAGCAUUACAAGGCGGUUUUGAUUUGAGGUGGAUGGGAAAUUAUGCAGAUUGCCAGAGGUGUGUUGAUUCUGGUGGUGCGUGUGGCAACAAUGGAACUGAAUUCAGAUGUUUCUGCAAUGAUGGAGCUUAUACAGAUAUAUGUGGUUCACGGAAGGCCCCAACCUCAAUUUUCAUUUGCAUCAAUUCAAUACUACUAGUAUACUUUAAAACUCAUCAAACUCACAUCAACUUGGCAAAAUCCUAUUUCAGUGUCCAAAUCCUUUGUUUCUCCACAAAUCCAUUUUUACUAAAGAUGCAACUUCUUCAUCCAAGCAUCUUCUCAUUCUUGAUCACAACCAUAAUCCUAAUCAAAAUCCCAACAUCAUCUUGUGCUGAUAAUUUGCAGCAGUACAAUAAAUGCAGUUCUUUAUUUGACUGUGCAAACCUAAAAAACUUGAGGUAUCCUUUCUGGGGAUCAAGUAGACCACAAUAUUGUGGCCACCCUUCUUUUGAGCUACAAUGCAAAGAUGAAUUAGCAAGCAUUACCAUUAUGUCACAAAAUUAUAAAAUUCUUGAAGUCAGUGAUUCAGAUCAUAGACUCAAAGUUGUUAGAACUGAUUAUUGGAACAAUGUUUGUCCCACCAGCCUUAAAAACACAACAUUAGAUUGCACUUUCUUCGAUUAUGGUUCGGAUUCUCAUAAUUUGACACUCUACUAUGAUUGUCCUCACACCCCAUUUCUUAUGCCAGAUAGCUUUUCCCCGCAGUUUAACUGUAGUAUAAAUGGAACUCAAAUGGUUAAUUAUUUUAUGUUGGAGAGCGUUGCUGAUAAUGCCGAGAGUUUGGAUUCGUUUAGUGAGACACUGAGAACAUGCAAAUCUAGAGUGGUUGUUCCAUUUUUGGAGUCAGAGGCUGAAAGGGUCGCAACAAAUUCAAGUGUGGAAAAUUUGAAGGAUGUUAUUGAUAAUGGUUUUGGGGUGGAGUGGAAUGCAAAUAAUAGUUUGUGCCAUGAGUGUCAAAGUUCUGGUGGACACUGUGGUUAUGAGUCAAGUUCAAGGGAAUUCACUUGCUUUUGCAAGGAUGGAUCCUUUCCACAUUCAUGUAGCUCAGGAAACAAAAUUAUGUUGUCCUUGUCCCUCUCUUCUCCCAUCAUCACCUUCAUCAUCUUCUUCAUCUUCUAUCUCCGUCAUACGACAUCUUUACCCUCUCAUGCAUCACUCUCUAGCUGCAACAACACCACCUUCAACUGUGGCCACAUAACCAAACUUUCCUACCCUUUCACCGGUGGCGACCGUCCUUCCUACUGUGGGCCACCACAGUUUCACCUGAACUGCAAAAACAAUGUUCCAGAGUUGAACAUUUCCUCAGUUAGUUACCGAGUUCUUCAAGUCAACUCGGUAACUCAUUCUCUCACCUUAGCAAGAUUAGACCUUUGGAAUGAAACAUGCACCCAUCAUUAUGUUAACUCAACUUUUGGUGGAACUAGCUUUAGCAACGGUUUGGGAAACAGUAAAAUUACUUUGUUUUAUGGGUGCCAACCCACUUCAUUAUUCACCGAAAAGCCACAUAAUUUGUUUUACUGUGAUAGUAAUGGAUAUAAGAACAAUUCAUAUACUUUGAUUGGUCCAUUUCCUUUAGACCCAGUUCUUAAGUUUGUUCAAUGUGAUUAUGGUGUUGGGGUGCCAAUUCUUGAAGAGCAAGCUAAUAGGUUUGCUGGUAAUCGUUCUUUGCUUAGGGAGGUUUUGAUGGAAGGGUUUAAUGUGAAUUAUAACAACCCUUUUGAGAAUGAUUGUCUUGAGUGUAUUAGUUCUGGUGGCCAACAAUGUGGGUUUGAUUCUGAUGAAAACGAACAUAUUUGUAUUUGUGGUAAUGGGUUGUGUCCUUCAGGUAAUAGCUCUACCAAUGGCGGUCUAAUAGGUGGCGUAGUUGGAGGAGUUGCAGCUCUUUGCCUUCUUGGCUUUGUUGCAUGCUUUGUGGUGCGGCGAAGGAGGAAAAAUGCCAAGAAACCAAUAAGCAAUGACCUGUACAUGCCUCCUUCAAGCACUACCUCAGGCACAAACACCGGCACUCUAACCUCCACCACUAAUUCGUCUCAGAGUAUUCCUUCUUACCCCUCUUCCAAAACCAGCACAAUGCCAAAGAGUUUCUACUUUGGUGUCCAGGUAUUUACCUAUGAAGAACUAGAAGAAGCUACUAACAAUUUCCACACUUCUAAAGAACUUGGAGAGGGAGGUUUCGGCACUGUUUACAAAGGUGAUCUCAAAGAUGGACGCGUGGUUGCAGUUAAACGCCAUUACGAAAGCAAUUUUAAACGUGUGGCGCAAUUCAUGAAUGAAGUUGAGAUUCUAGCACGCUUAAGGCAUAAGAACCUGGUGACACUCUAUGGAUGCACCUCCAAACAUAGCAGAGAGCUUCUCCUUGUUUAUGAAUACAUAUCAAAUGGAACAGUAGCUGAUCAUCUUCAUGGGGACCGAUCAAGCUCCUGUUUGCUUCCUUGGUCUGUAAGAUUGGACAUUGCAUUAGAAACAGCUGAGGCACUAGCCUAUCUCCAUGCAUCGGAUGUCAUGCACCGUGAUGUUAAAUCGAAUAACAUUCUCCUAGACGAAAAAUUCCAUGUUAAGGUUGCUGAUUUCGGUCUUUCAAGGUUGUUUCCGAACGAUGUCACACAUGUAUCAACAGCUCCACAAGGAACACCUGGUUAUGUUGAUCCUGAGUACUAUCAGUGUUACCAACUCACAGACAAAAGUGAUGUUUAUAGCUUCGGCGUAGUCUUGGUCGAGCUUAUAUCAUCAUUACAAGCCGUGGAUAUUACCAGGCAUCGCAACGAUGUGAACUUAGCUAACAUGGCCGUCAAUAAAAUUCAGAGCCAAGAAUUGUAUGAUUUGGUUGAUCCUAAUCUUGGAUAUGAAAAGGACAAUUCUGUGAAGAGGAUGACAACAGCAGUGGCUGAAUUGGCAUUUAGGUGUUUGCAGCAACAAAGAGACCUGCGACCUUCAAUGGAUGAGAUUGUGGAGGUAUUGCGAGCAAUCAAGAGUGAUGAACCUGAAACACAGGAAUCAAAAGUAUUGGAUGUUGUUGUCAGAACAGAUGAGCUUGUACUUCUGAAGAAGGGUCCUUACCCAACUUCACCAGAUUCUGUUGCUGAAAAAUGGGUUAGCGGCUCUUCUACAUCUACUUCUUCAUAGGUUCUAAGAUUUCAUUUUUCUUUUGGCGAGGACUUAGAUUUUAGAUGGUAAAAUGUAAAACUACUCUACUGGUUUCAAUGAGCUAGUUCAGAAGUCAUUUUGGCCUUCAAAUAUCUUUUCUUCUAAAAGCUUAUGUGUUUUUACAGUAUUAUUUUUUGCAUGUAUGAUAAUAGUAUUACUAUUAGUAGCUGUCUCAGAGUUAGAAAUAAUAUAAACUUUCAGUGUAAAUAUUCCAAUAUUUUAGUUUGUUUGAUGUAUUUGAAAUAUAUAUACAUAGUAAUUUAAUUGUUACUUUUUUGUUA